AUGGCAGAUCGCGCAGUGGUGGUCGCUGCCGGCAACGCAGAGAAGAACGUCUCAGCGGCGCUGUACAUCUUCCACCGCCACGAGAAGCGCGGAUGGGUCUUGAAACAUCGACUACUGGCUCCAGAGGUUUCGAACGCCAACUUCGGGUCCAGUCUCAGUCAGACCAACGACACCAUCCUGAUCGGGGCGCAAGAGGCGUUGCUGAGAGACGUCUUGGGAGACAACGGGGACAAUGUCCGUGGUCCUGGUAGCGGUUCGGUGAUCCUCUACACCUGGAACGGCAGCGCCUGGUCAAAGCCUUCCAAGUUGGUGGCCAAGGAAACUAGAGCCGGCGACCGUUUCGGCUGUAGUGUUGGCAUGUCCGGAGAUAUGGCGAUCAUUGGUGCCUUUGGACACACCAACAAGUGGAAGGGUGAUGGUGCCGCCUACAUUUUCAAGCAAAAAGGAGGGAACCUCGUCGAUGAUGUGGAGAGGCAUUGGGUGGAAGUUGCCGAACUCUUGGCCGAGGACGGCGAUGCCAAUGACGGCUUUGGCCGCAGCGUCUCGAUGUCCUCGGGAAUCGCCGCCAUCGGUGCGGCGGGGGACGAGCACAGCGGCGUGGACAAGAGCGGCUCAGGCUACAUCUUCGUGCGCCAAGGUCAGAAGUGGGUGCAGCAAUCCAAACUUUCGCCGAGCAAGGUCUCGGCGGGCGCGCGAUUCGGACAGGCCGUGAGCAUGUCUGGGCACAUGGCCAGCUUUUCCACCGCGUCGGAACACGCCUUCGUCUUCCCUGCAUCUUUGACACAGGUGGGCUGGACACUGACUCUUCCGUCCCGAUGCUUUGGAGGAAUCUCGGAAUACGAUAAUACUGGAGGCCACGAGGUCACGGAUAAACGCUGCCGGCUCCGAAGGAACCAGCCGCCCAGAACGCGGUUCGAUUACUUCGAGAGUCCCAAGAAAUCGGAUCGCGCCGCGACCACAACCCAGCCAUGUCGCUUGCUGAUGCCCAUUGACAUCAAUUCCCUUCGUUCCGAUCGGGCUGGCGAUCCAGCGCUAGUGCUGGAGGCGCAGCGGAAACGCUUCAAGCUGAAUGCGGAGUCGCUGGUGGAAGAAGUGCUGAAUUUGGACAAGUCCGUCAGAGAAAGUAUCACCAGAACGCAAGACUUGCAAACGCAGCUCAACAACCUGCAGAAGGGCAUCAUUGCGGAGAGGAAGAAGCAGAAGCUGCCGUGUGACGAAGAACUGGCAGAAGCGGCAAGGCUGAGACAGCAGCUGAAAGAUUUGGAGUUGGACACCGCAUCAUGCGAAGUGAAGCGGGAUGAAAAGCUGAAACUGCUGGGCAAUGUUGUGGACCCUUCUGUGCCUUUUUCCAAUGUGGAAGAGGACAACGAGGUCGUGGCUGUUUGGCCGAGAGGGCAAGAUAUGUCACUUCCCUGCCCCAUCAGUGAAUUUAGGCAUCGCCCGGAUUGCGCUGUGGACGCUGCGACACAUGAGGGCUUGCUAUGGCGCAUUGGUGGUUAUGAUCCUGACCGCGGUGCCAAAGUUGCAGGAAGCCGUGGAUACUUUCUGGAAGAUGUAGGUGUGAUGCUGAACCAGGCCCUUCUGAAUUUUGGCUUGGCCUUCCUUCGACAACGAGGCUAUCGCGCCAUGCAACCACCCUACUUCAUGAGGAGGGAUUUGAUGUGUGACUUGGCGCAGCUCAGUGAUUUUGACGAACAGCUCUACAAAGUGACCAAAGGAGAAGAUGAAGCAGAGAAGUACUUGAUUGCUACCUCCGAGCAGCCGCUGUGUGCGCUGCACUCGAAGGAAAUCUUGGAGGAAGAAACGCUUCCUCGACGCUACGCUGGCAUCUCCACCUGUUUCAGGACAGAGCUAGGCAAGGCUGGCAAGGAAAACAAAGGGAUUUUCCGAGUUCAUCAGUUUGAAAAGGUGGAACAAUUCUGCAUUACCAGCGGAGACCAUGAGAAGUCUCAAGAGAUGCAUUUGGAGAUGCUACGCAUAGCACAGGACUUCUAUGAGGCCUUGGGCAUCUCCUACCGUGUGGUGAAGGUGGUCUCUGGUGAACUCAAUGAUGCGGCGGUGAUGAAGUUUGACUUGGAAGGUUGGUUUCCAAGCCAGGGCGAGUACAAAGAGUUGGUUUCCUGUUCCAACUGCACGGACUUUCAAUCUCGAGCCCUGGACAUCCGCAGUCGCAACGUGAAGGAGAAGCCACGCUUCGUUCACAUGCUGAACUCCACCCUGGUGGCCUCUGGGCGAUGCAUGUGUUGCAUCUUGGAAACUUACCAGACACCUACCGGUGUGAAGGUGCCAACAGCCCUGGUUCCCUUCAUGGGUCUUGACUUCAUGCCUUUCGUCCGCGAAGUUCGCAGUGCUUCGCAGAAGACUUCCAAGGCCCCUCCUUCGAAGUCCGUGCCGGACCCGCCGCCGCAACUCCCCAUGGCGUCCUGUCCUGUCGAUUCAUUGGAGGAGCAACGGAGCUCAAUGGCAUCCCCGUCGGCAACAGGAGUUGGAGCGAAGAUUGCAAGAUCAGCCCUAUGUGUUGGGGUUCUUUCCCUCGCGGGCGGACUUGGACAUGCUACAAGACCUGCAGGGGAAGGAAGUUCAGAGGCAUCAGAACAUUGAUCGCUGGAUGCAGCAUGUGAAGUCGUUCUCGGCCGUAGAGAGGUCGACUUGGACGAGAUUGCCAGCAGAAAAGAAACGAUUCACGCCACGGUCGCUUUAGAGGAGGGCUUCAAGGGGCGAA